AUGAUGACUCCUGUGCAGCGCCGGCGCCAACCCCGGCGCGUAGUCAACUACUCAUCUCGCCUGCGCUCUUGUCCACUCCCAGCGCCUACAGUUGUCGACCUGCUUCGCCCGACUACGUGGCUCUCGUUGGCUAGACUGGGUUUUGCGUUUCAUCAAGGCGCCUACAGGAGGCGCAGUUUCAUGGUGAUUGUCUCAGAUGCGGGCGUCUCCCAUGAGCAGCCAGUCAGCGUCAUGGCGAAAACAGGAGAUCUUCUCGUUGACGCCGGCAAUGGCGGACUGGGCUCGAACGCGCCGCGUCUUAAUUAUCAUGUCCCUCUCACCGUGCCCCUCGGUCCUCUGGGACAAAUUGUCGCUAGAAAAUAUAGGCGGCUUGGAUUGACAUUGUACAACAACAUCGCCUCUGCUCCUUUCUUUGAUUCAUUCACCUAG